AUGGUGAAGCAAGUGAUGAACCGAAUUUUCCACGGUUCUGGAUCACGCUACUUCCAAACAUUUGAGAGGAAGAGGGGUGCAGCUUGUCUGGACUACCUGGACUACUACUGGGACGGGAUGGAUGUGACGCAUCCUUACCCAAGGUUACGAUGUCAUCCCCCACAACCCAACAAAACCAACCGCGCCUUCGAGCGAGCGCAAGCCAAGGCCCGCGUCGUCCGUGCCUUCCAGGAGAACCCGAAUUGGAGGGAUGUUGCCAAGGCAAACGACGUCAACUAUUUUACAGCACGCCGGGCUAUCCUUUGUGCUGGACAGGAGCAUAAGCAGCGCGACGGCUUGCGCCAAGCUUCUGUAAAGAUGACUGUGGAGGUGAUGAGCAACAUCGAAGGACUUCUCGACGAGGACUGCCGCAUGACGCUGGAGCAAAUGUCUGCCCGCUUGCAAGCCGAAUUGGGCGUUAUUGUCAGCAAGACGUUCAUUCAUUGCGCCCUACAGGGCAUGCUGUUCUCGACGAAGCGUUUACGCAUUGAGAAGGAGACCACGAACUGA